CUCUAUUGAGUAUAGCGAAGCAGCAAGCGGCGCACGCCGCAUUAUCGUCAAACCGGCUCCAACUCGAGCAUCGUACGGAACGCUAGAAGAAUAUACACACUGUUAUAACAUCAAAUAGUAUUAUAAAUUGAAUAAAAGAAAAUACAUUAGGUGAAGAUUAAUGGGAUAAAUUUAUUCGGAAGCAUUCUGUGAUGCUUGGAUAUUGCGACGCUCUCGUGCUGCAAUGAACUCGUGAACUCGUGCUCGAACGAGGUUAGCUUGGCUUCUGGUUACAUUCAACCCAACAGCCGACCCGAAAGGAACGUUGCUUUCUUGCGAAUAACACACGCGUUUAUACUCCGUUAAUUAUAUUAUUGAGUGCGUGCGUGAUAAGUUGUGAUACAAUACAAUUCGGCUUUAUAAGUGAUUAUUUAUCAAGAUAUAUAAACAGACUCUCUCGUACGGAAUAAUGUCCAGCAGUGUCUGCCACGCACCCCUGCCCACUCGGAUGGAAGCAUUUACUACCAGAAUCUGUUUACGAGCUGUUGAUCAGUAUGAGCGGCUUCUCCAGGCACACUUCAACAAGGUUUCUCUGGUUACAGCCUUCGUCUAAUAAGGAGAAAUCACGCCUGAGCCACGAAUCCAGCCUGCAUAAGGACCAGAGACGGUCGAAGGAUGCUCCUUCCGGUAGUUACUCAGCCGUCUUCCGUCAAUGGCGAAGAAGCACCUCCGCCGGAAAUAGAUCCAAUAAUAACAACGCGGGACUUGGAUCAACCAUUGUCGCUAAACUUCCUAAUGACCCUGCCACGGUACGGAAGCUGGAACAAUUUCCUCUCGUUCUUUCGGAUACCUCGAUGCCUGAUGAAGAUCUCUCUUUGAAGUUUCUUGCUCUGAAUGCAUUGGACCUGACUGCUCCUGCUAGUGAUGUUAUACUUAAGAACAGACUCAAGUCCUGGUUUCAACUCUCAGGACAUCCUGAUGGGUUCGCACCAGCCGGUCCUGGUACCGUGUGGAAAAGACGUGCUGGUGGUUCUGAAAAUACCGAGAGGAUGGUUUACGAAGCUCUUAGCAAGGAUGAGACAAUGUUUGACUGUGUUCCAACGUAUUAUCGAGAAGUUGAAUACAAGGGUGAUACCUUCAUCGAGCUUCAGGAUCUUUUAUUUGGCUUCAACGAUCCUCAUGUAAUGGAUAUUAAGAUGGGAACUAGGACAUUUCUUGAAUCUGAAGUGUCUAAGACUGUCGCGAGGCCUGACCUCUACCAGAAGAUGGUUGCCGUUGAUCCAAAUGCGCCGACCGCCCAAGAACACGAGCAGCGUGCUGUUACGAAAUUGCGUUAUAUGCAAUUCAGAGAACAGCAAAGUUCCACCUGCAGUCAUGGAUUUAGAAUUGAAGCUAUGAAGUUACCUGGGGCGCCACCUAUUACUGAUCUGAAGAAGGUCAAAUCGCACAAGGAAGUACUCAGCACCAUGGUCCGCUUUCUCGCGGGUCGCGAAGACACCAGGAAAAAGUUACUGGAACGUCUUAAGAAAUUGCGAACCAAAUUCGAGGAGUCCACGUACUUCCAGACUCACGAGGUAAUAGGCAGCAGUAUUUUCAUGAUUUACGACAAUGAGAAGGUCGGUGUCUGGUUGAUUGACUUCGCGAAGACCUACGAAGUCCCCGAGGGGAAGACUUUGACUCACAGAAGGCCGUGGGAACAGGGGAAUCAUGAAGAAGGUUUCCUCUUCGGACUGGACAACCUAAUCUCGACCAUUGAAGAGAUCGAUGUUACUUUGUAAAUACAUGUUUGACUGACACACUCCGUUUUUUAUUUAAAUGUAAAUUAUUGUUUAAUUAUAAUAUUAGCGAAACUCUCUGGUCUGACUAUUAUAGCUCUAUAUUAUUUAAUGUCUAUUUAUACGAAUGUUUCUUAAAUAAAAUUCAUUUACUUGCUUGUGAUUA